AUGAAAUGUCACAUACCGGGUGCGAACGUUAAAGUUUUAGGGCGAACUGCACAUGCGUUAGCUAGAUUUGGAGAUGAGUUAUACUUGGAAUCGCUACCAGACUGCAUACUCUUGCGGACUCUGAAUGCCGCUGAGUCGGCUUACGCUAUGGUUAAGUUUAAUAAAAACUUCUUUACGUACUUCAACUACAACUACUACUCAACAGAAGAUAAUGAAGGAUUAAAAUGUAAAAUAUCGAUGAAAUCAGCACUCAAUAUAUUCAAAUCUCCAGCACACAUGGACAAACAAGUCGAAAAUUUGGAAAUAAAACUUGAUGCUGAAUCAUGCAAAUUAAUAUUCCAGCUGAAAUGUCGACACGGUAUUGUGAAAACACAUUUCGUAUCAAUAUUAGACUGCAAGGCAAUGCAAGCAGUUUAUACAAAGGACUCUGUGCCCAAUAGAAUAACAUCACCACAAAGAAUACUAUCAGAAGCUUUGGGUAACUUCCAAAGUUCUGAUGACCAAGUAACACUAGAAGUAUCAUCACAAUCACUAAUAAUGCGUAAUUACGUAGACACCAAUGUAGAUUUAACAAAAAUUAUAAGGACUCAGAUAAGUUUAAAACCUUCUGAGUUUGUUAUGCAAUUGAAGCGAGAAACAACAAUUACAUUCACAUUAAAAGAAUUCAGGGCUUUAUUAGCAUUUGCAGAAGCUUUGAACUUACCACUUCAGCUACAUUUUGAAACAACAGGGCCAGUAGUGUUUAUUGUUCAUAAUGGUUCUACAUUUGAAGCCCAUUUUGUUCUCGCCACAUCAAAGUGUGAUAGUGCUUCGCAAGCUACAUCAACGCAACAUACAAAUGUUGAAAGAAGUAAAAGAAAGGACUCAAAUUCCACUCUGGGGUCAGCAAAGAAGAAACCGCACCUUGAAGUAGACAUAUCAAAAUGCUUAGAUGAAGAUUCUCAUUUGUUUAACUUUAUCGACAUUCCUGAAGAAGUUAUGCUUAACAAAACCAGUACCAAUGGUAAUAUAGAAAAUAAAAGUAAAAGUAGUGGGAAGACAGAGGAGCCAAUGGAUUGUGAUAACAUUCCAGCAUCACCUGCAGCAAAGAAUAUGAUCAAAUCAGUAUUCAAGAGAUGCUUUGAAAGCACAUUUGAUCCAAGAAAUUUACAUGGUGCCAUUCUAGCAGAAAAUUCUGACAGUGAGUAAAUAUAUAUUGGAUAUAUUAUGUAUAAAUUCAGCUGUACAUAUAUUUAUUUUAAAACCAAA